CCUCAGGAAGUGGCUUACCUUAAGUGUCAACUCCGGAAACCUAUGCUUUAUACAUCAGUGUAAGCUCUACAAGUGUAUAACUAGUGAUUGCCACACAUCAUUCACCAUGUGUCAACCUUCUAUGAGGUAGUUAAAUAUCAAGAUUUCACCAUGUACCCAAGGGUCAUCCUAAAGGAAACACUGUACAAGAAAUCACAACAGAAAAGAAGAACUUCGCCGUGCAAUUACAAAGAGAGGAUUUUUGUGCUAAACACACAGGAGUUGACAUACUUCGAACAUCGUCCUGGGAAAAAGCAAACUCAGAAAGGCUGCAUCGAACUGUCUCAUAUCAAUUGUGUGGAGAUCGUUCGCAGUGAUGUUCCCAUUCCCUGUGAUUACAAGUACCCUUUCCAGGUCGCCCAUGACAGCUACUAUCUUUAUGUGUUUGCUCCAGACAAUGAUUGUAGGUUAAAAUGGGUCAGAGCUCUGAAAGAAGCAACGCAAAACAACAACUUAUUUCUGAAGUACCAUCCUGACUUCUGGGGCGAAGGGAAAUGGAGAUGUUGUCAUCAGACCGAGAAGCUGGCGACAGGAUGCAGUGAAUACUAUCCCAAUGGAGCCAAACCACUUCCCCCAACUCCAGAUCCCAUGCGCCGAUGUUCAGAUCCAGAGGAGAGGAUUGUUGUGGCUUUGAGGAAUUUCAGCCCUGUAGAAGAUACAGACCUGCCUUUGCAUAAAGAUGAAGAGUAUUUUGUCAUUGACAGUUCGGAGCCAAACUGGUGGACUGUGAAGGACAAAAACGGAAAUGUUGGCACGGUGCCAUGUAUAUAUGUUGCAGAAAAAAUAUCAGACAACAUUGAUACAUUUGAAUGGUACAAUAAAGACAUAACUCGGACCGAGGCGGAGAACUUACUAAUGAGAGAGAACAAGGACGGGGGGUUCAUGGUUCGGGACUCUAAACACCCAGGUGUAUACACCGUGUCAAUAUUUUCCAGAAUCUCAGGGACUGAUGGAGAGAAGUAUCCCCUAGUUAAGCACUACCAGAUCAAAGUACAAAGAGAAGGUGAAAAGGUCAUGUAUUACUUAGCUGAGAAAUACGUGUUUCCGACCAUUCCAGAGCUCAUCCGCUAUCAUCAACACAAUCCAGCAGGUUUAAUAACCAGAUUGAGGCAUUGUGUGUCUAGAAAUGUCACAAACCCAAGGAUCAAGGAGGUGUCAUCAGAUAAAUGGGAGAUUCACCCUGAUGAGUUGACAUUAAGCGAGGAAUUGGGCAGUGGACAGUUUGGCUUGGUCUGGAAGGGAAGCUGGAAUGACCUGCAUGUGGCAGUUAAGACUGUCCGAGAGGGUUUCAUGUCAGAGGAGGAGUUUAAGGAGGAAGCACAAGUGAUGAUGAAACUGUCCCACGAUAAGCUGGUCCAUUUGUAUGGUGUGGUCACUCUUCGCUCACCCAUCUAUCUGGUAUUUGAAUUCAUGGAGAACGGCUGCCUGACAGACUUCCUGCGUGCCAGAAAAGGCAGGUUCUCCCAGGAGGUCCUGCUGGGGAUGUGUUUGGAUGUGAGUGAGGGGAUGGCCUACCUGGAGAGCUCCAACUUCAUCCACAGAGAUUUGGCUGCAAGAAAUUGUUUGGUUUCUGAAGAUAAUGUGGUGAAGAUAUCAGAUUUUGGAAUGACAAGGUUUGUCCUAGAUGAUCAAUACACCAGUUCUUUUGGGUCCAAAUUUCCAGUGAGAUGGUCCUCUCCAGAGGUGAUCAAAUUCGGGAAGUAUAGCAGCAAAUCAGACGUGUGGUCAUUUGGUGUGUUCAUGUGGGAGGUGUACAGUGAGGGCCGUGUGCCCUAUGAUACCCGCAGUAAUGCAGAGGUAGUGGAGACCCUAAAUGCAGGCCUGCGGCUCCUGAGACCCCGCCUCUGUCCCCAGAGUGUGUAUGAGUUAAUGCAGUGGAGCUGGAAAGAGAAACCUGAGGAUCGACCCUCGUUCGCUCUGCUCCUGCAUGAACUGUCCUGCCUUGAACAAGAACCUUGAUCCUGAUCACACCCUUCCCUGUACUGGCUUAUAGAGAUAGUUCAUUCAUAAAAGGACAUUUUGUCAUCAUUUAAAAACCGUCAUGUCAUUUCAAACCUGUUUUUUGUGGAGCACAAAAGAUCAAUUUUGAAAAAUCUUUGCAUAGCAGUUUUCCAUAUAUGGAAGCUUACAUUUGACCAAAUAGGAAAAAAGGCACUUUAAAUUGUGUUAGGUUUUGACUUGUGAGCUGUGUUUUGGGUGUUCAGACUGAAGCAAAAAAAUAAAUAAACAAACAAACAAAUCAUUAAAACUGAAGAUGUGCCUUACAUAGCAGCUUGGAAAACUUGACAGAUUAAAAAAAAAAAAAGCUGCUUAACAUUCUUCUUUAAUGUUUAAUAGGUUUGAAUGGCAUGAAAAUAUGUAAGUUAUGACAUAAUUUCAUUUUUGGGCGAACUAUACCUUUAAAUGAAAAAUACUGUAUAUUGUACAAAUCACAUAGUGUAUUUAUUUGUAUAUUUAUUUAUUUUACAGAAUUCUUAUUUUCAUCAUUUCUUUCACAUUCUGUCACUGAAUUGUAUUUUUCCUGUUUUUAUGCAUGCAUGACUUCUGCAACUGCAACUGCAACUACAAAUCUGUCCCUUAGGAGGCACACAGGAACCAUAUUUUUUCACCACCAGUAAAAAAGAAAUUGCUUAUUGCUGUUGUAAUGUAUUCGACAAAACAUCACAUUUAAAUCUAUGUACUGAUUCUGUCAGUGAUACUUUCCUUUAGUCUAUAUAAACUAAACUCAUAAUUUGUUGAAUGACGUAAAAGUUAGUAAUACUAAUCUAUUUGAGCUGAUUUUUGAGAAAUUUGAUUAUAUUAAAGCUACCUUAAUAACCAA